GCGGUAAAAUCCUUUCUUCUCCUCCUUGAAAAAAAACCCUUUCCCCCAUUUUUGGAAGGUUCCUAUCCUUUCUUCGCUUGCUCUUGGAUUUCCCGCUUCUUCGUCUACGUCGCCGAUUUGUGUUUUGAUUCUGUUACUUGUGAUUGUGUCUCCAAACGCACCUUCGUUACAGUUAUUUCAGUGACCUCAUGACGAUGCAUCUGUCUCAUCACUCCCGUUUACUAUGGAGAAAUCUCUGUUACCCUCGGAGAAUUGGAAAUCUGUGCAAUAGGAACUCCUCUCUUAUCUCUCCUUCCAUUGCACGCAUCGCGAAGUGCUAUUGCAGUUCCGUCUCUGCUGUUUCUGAAUUCUCCAAUACGGUGACUUAUUCUGAAAAUGAACAUGUUGCGCCGGAGUCUAUAACAUCUCCCUUCAAAUCAGACGAAAGAACAACAAAAAUUAGUGCUGCUUCUUCAAAUGGCAGGGUGAUGCUAAUUGAUGGGACAUCCAUUAUGUACAGGGCUUACUAUAAGCUUUUAGCAAGGUUGAAUCAUGGUCAUCUGACUCACGCUGAUGGAAACGCGGACUGGGUUUUAACAAUAUUUUCAGCUCUUUCUCUUAUAAUUGAUGUUCUGAAGUUUCUCCCAUCCCAUGUGGCGGUGGUGUUCGACCAUGAUGGAGUUACUUAUGGCAGUACUUCUAAUACAUCAAAUGGUUAUCAUUCUUCUAAAGGCUUGAACUUCCGGCAUAACAUGUACCCUGCCUACAAAAGUAAUCGUCCUCCCACACCUGAUACCAUAGUUCAAGGACUUCAGUAUCUCAAAGCGUCCAUCAAGGCGAUGUCUAUAAAGGUUAUAGAGGUGCCAGGUGUAGAAGCUGAUGAUGUUAUUGGAACACUGGCUGUGCGAAGCAUUGGUGCCGGUUUCAAAGUACGAGUCGUCUCUCCGGACAAAGACUUCUUUCAGAUUCUUUCUCCCUCGCUGCGUCUUCUUCGAAUAGCAUCACGCGGAUCGGAGAUGGUUUCUUUUGGAGAAGAAGAUUUUGCUAAAAAGUUUGGAAAUUUGAAGCCAGCACAGUUUGUUGAUAUCAUCUCCCUUGCUGGAGACAAGUCUGAUAAUAUUCCAGGAGUUGAUGGAAUUGGGAACGUGCAUGCAGUGGAACUGAUAUCUAGAUUUGGCACAUUGGAGAAUCUGUUGCAGUCUGUUGAUGAAAUAAAGGAGGGACGAUUAAAAGAGAACUUAAUAGCUCACGCGGAUCAAGCCAUGCUAAGCAAGAAGUUGGCGCUCUUACGGACUGAUCUCCCCGAUUACAUGGUACCGUUUGAAACGAGAGAUCUUGUUUUUAAGAAACCAGAGGACAAUGGGGAGAAAUGGAGGAGCCUGUUAGUGGCGAUAGGGGCAUACGCAGAAGGAUUUUCAGCUGAUCCAGUAAUCAGAAAAACCUUCCAGUUGUGGGAGAGUUUAGAAGCAAACUCAUGAUGAUAUUAUUCAUCUCCUUUUGUACUCUUCUGUUUUUGUGGGUACAUAGCAUAUCAUGUACUAUUGUUACAAUCAAGUAUAGGAAUUCUACAUCAAAUAUCAUCAUUUCACUCGAGA